GGAAGAACAGUCUAGUCUUUACUUGUCGCAGUGUUUCCAUCAAGCGUUUCUCCUCAGGACUAUGUGCGCAGCGGAGAAUGGCGGAGGCCAGCGCGCUUGAGGAGCUGCAGUCGGAGCUCACCUGUCCGGUGUGUCUGGAGCUGUUCCGUGACCCUGUGAUCCUCGAGUGCGGACACCACUUCUGCCAGGUGUGCAUCGUUCAGUGCUGGGAAGCCAAGGCGGACGAGCUCUCCAGCUGCCCAAAGUGUAGAAAGACGUGCGCGCGUAAACUUCGACCCAACUCACUCCUGUGCAACGUCGUGGACAGCGUGCGCAGAGCCCGGGCCAUGGACGCGGCCGCGGGCACGCUGGGAUGGGAGCCGGAGGGGGAGCUGGAGAUGCCGGAGGAACGCGAACCCGGAUCCAGCAUGAGCAGCGUGGCCUCGUCCAUCGGGCACUGGCCGCGCCUCACCAUGGAUAUGUGCGAGGAGCAUGAGGAGAAGCUGAAGCUCUACUGUGAGGACGACCAGCUGCCCAUCUGUCUGGUGUGCGGAAUGUCCCGAGACCACAAGACCCACAAUGUCAUCCCCAUUACUGAGGCCUUUGAAAACUACAAGGAAAAGCUGUCCGUGGCUCUUGAGAAGGUUCAGCUGCAGGCCGAGGAGGCCACACUCUUCCAAAGCCAAACCAACGAAAAGAUCCUCCUCAUUAAGGAGCGAGCAGGAGAUCUGGAGGAGAUGGUCACUGCAGAGUUUGGCCGCCUGAAAGAAUUCCUACUCGAGGAGGAGGAACGCAUAAAGGAGAGACUGCAGAAGCAGAAAGAGAAGAAACUCAACCAGCUGGAAGAAGCGCUCACGAAGGCCACAGAGCAAAUCAGCCAGCUGGAAACUACGGCUGACAAACUUCGUCUCAAACUGAGGGAAGAAGAAAACCCAGAGCAACUCAAGGGAAUCAAAGAUUUCAUUGGAGGGGCUGAGAGCUUGUUUGAGCGCCCCCCGGAGGUGGCGGUGGAUCUGCAGUCAGCUGAGUUUCUGGGACCUCUGCAGUACAGAACCUGGAGAAAAAUGAGCUCCAUUUUUCAACCAGCUGUCACAGCAGUGACCCUCAACCCGGACACAGCCUAUCCUUGUCUGUGGGUUUCUCCGUGUUGCACCAGCGUCCAGGUGGGAAAAAUCCAACCAAACCUGCCCAACAACCCCGAGCGCUUCACCCGCUACAACAUCGUCCUGGGCUCUGAAGCCUUCUCCUCGGGCAGACACUACUGGGAGGUGGAGGUGGGCUCCAAAACGGCGUGGGGUCUCGGCGUGGCCACGGCCUCCGUCAACAGGAAGGAGGAGAUCAGCCUCUGUCCAGACGACGGUUUCUGGACCAUGGUGCUGAGGGACAGUGGCGACGGCAGCAGCGAGUACGAGGCGUGCACCGACUCAGAGGAGUGCAUGUUGUAUCCCGCUAAACCCCCCAGGAGGGUGGGGGUCUAUCUGGACUACGGGCGUGGUCAGGUGGCAUUUUAUGAUGCAGGAGACAUGAGCCACCUCUUCACCUUCUAUGAUGCAAAAUUCAAAGAGCCCGUUUUCCCCUACUUCAAUCCCUGGCCGAUCAUCAACGGACACAACCGGGAGCCGCUCACCGUAGUAACGCCACACUGGGGAUAGAUGUCCUUUUUACUAGAGAACUGAUGCUGUGCAUCAACAGAUUGAGACUCAAACUGAAUACAGAGAUUCAGCAGCCAACGAACUUUGAUGGACUCAUCUAAUGAGCAUUCACACAUGUGCCUUAUCAGAAAGACGUCUUGGCUAUAUGAGGAUAAACAUGCAGGUAACUGGAAUUCUCUUAAGAAACUAAACUGGACAAUUGACACUCUAAAAGAUCUAACUGUCGACAACCAACAGUAAAAAAAAAAAGAAAAAAAAACCCACCAAAAAUAAUCAAUUGAUUGAUCAAGCGUUGUCUGUUUAGGGAUAACUCCUUCUAUUUUGUUCCUCUGAGUCACAGAGCUCCAUUGCUGUUGUUUCACAACUAUAAGAAAUGCAUCAUGAUCCGUUAUUACCAUGAACACAUACUGUACUUUUAUAUUGAGUCAGUCCUUCGUAAACCCUCCUGCUGCUGUAAAUACUAACCAAUGAAUAAACCCCACAGUGCCCAGAGGUUUAGAAACAUUAUUUUUGCUAUAUUUUAGACUAUUUUUAACACAAGACUUUAUAUUUGUGGCUGUUUAAAAAAACAAAAAACAAAAAAACAUUUCCAUCCUAAUCAGAAAUUAAAGGUCUUACAUGGAAAAACAGACAAACACUUGGUUGGUUUUGGUGUUUUAAUAAAAUGUGUUAACAGUAAGAACCAUAUGGACCCGUUUUAUCCUUUAAAAUUUUGUAUUGACUUUGAAUACUUUACAGAAGGAGUAGGACAUAUUUGUCGCUAAAAAUGCAUUCGAACAGAAAGAUGUUAAAAAAAUGUUAUUAUUCUAAUCAACAUCUAAUGAUAUAACAUAAUAUAUUUUAUCGUUUUCAUGUAUACGAUCCUGGUAUUUUUAUGACAUGUACAUUGAAAGCAAUGAUGUGUUGAGUGAAUGCUGAUAUUUGACACAAGACUUUAAUAAUAUCAUUACAUUUACUACUGAG